AUGGCCCCGCCGCCCGCCGCGCUGCCGCUGCCGCUGCUGCCGGCCCUGACCGCGCUCCUGGCCGCGCUCACGGCCGUGCCCGCCGCCCGCGCCGCGCCGCGCUCCAUCGCCGUGGUGGGCGCCGGGCUGGGGGGCUCGGCAGCCGCGUACUUCCUGCAGCAGCACUUCGGGCCGCAGGUGCAGCUGGACGUGUACGAGGCGGCGGGCGUGGGCGGACGCCUGGCCACCGUCACCGUCAACAAGCAGCAGUAUGACAGCCGGGGAGGCUCCAUCCACGCCCUCAGCCUCCACAUGCAGGACUUCGUCAAGAUCCUGGGCCUCAAGCACCGGCGGGAUGUGGCCGGGAAAAGUGCCAUCUUCAGCGGGGAGCACUUUGUCCUGGAGGAGACCGACUGGUACCUGCUCAACCUCUUCCGCCUCUGGUGGCACUAUGGCAUCAGCUUCCUGCGCCUGCAGAUGUGGGUGGAGGAGGUGAUGGAGAAGUUCAUGAGGAUCUACAAGUACCAGGCACAUGGCUACGCCUUCUCCAGCCUGGAGGAGCUGCUGCGCUCGCUGGGGGGUGAGGCCUUUGUGAACAUGACCCAGCGCUCGGUGGCCGAGUCCCUGCUGGAGGUUGGUGUCACCCAGCGCUUCGUGGACGACGUCAUCGCCGCCGUCCUGCGCUCCAGCUACGGCCAGUCCGUGCUGGUGCCCGCCUUCGCAGGAGCCAUGUCGCUGGCGGGAGCCCAGGGCAGCACCUGGGCGGUGGAAGGAGGGAAUAAGCUGGUGUGUUCAGGUUUGCUGAAGCUGACCAAGGCCAAUGUCAUCUCAGCCAGGGUGACGGGCAUCUCCCUGCACAGCUCGGAGGGAAGAGCCCUGUACCAGGUCCACUACGAGAGCACAGAAGGCCAGGGCUCGGCUUUCUACGACAUGGUGGUGGUGACAACUCCGCUGCACCCCAGCAGGAGCAACUUCACCUUCGAGAACUUCGACCCUCCCAUCGCUGACUUUCCCGGAGCCUUCCAUCCCUCCGUCACCUCCGUGGUGCACGGCUACCUCAACUCCUCCUACUUUGGCUUCCCUGACCCCAAGCUGUUCCCUUUCACCAGCAUCCUCACCACCGACACCCCCGACCUCUUCUUCCACGCCAUGGACAACAUCUGCCCCGUCAACAUCUCGGCGGCGUUCCGGCGCAAGCAGCCCCAGGAGGCUGCGGUGUGGCGAGUCCUGUCCCAGCAGCCACUGGACAAACACCAGCUCAAGACCCUCUUCAGGUCCUACUACUCGGUGCAGGUGGCAGAGUGGCCGACGUAUCCCCGCUACGACGCUGCCAAGGCACUGCCACCCAUCGUGCUCCACGAGAACCUCUUCUACCUCAGCGGUGUGGAGUGGGUGGCCAGCUCCAUGGAGAUGAUAGCAGUGGCUGCCAAAAAUGUGGCCCUGCUAGCCUACAACCGCUGGCAUCAGGACCUGGAGAAGAUCGACCAGAAGGACUUGAUGCACAAAGUGAAGACGGAGCUGUGA